AUGCCGUAUCGAGUUUCUUUCGUCGUCGAGAUAUUUGACGACGACGUCAAUGCCACCUCGAGUGUGCCGAGUGUUUAUUAUACAGGCGCAAUUUUUAGAGACGGAAUGGCCAAUCGGACGGGCGAUGCCGGAAGACGAAACGGAUCGGAAGCGACCAAAGUAUGCCAGUUCAAACUGGUGCUUCUGGGCGAAUCGGCGGUUGGAAAAUCCUCCCUCGUAUUGCGUUUCGUCAAAGGCCAGUUUCACGAGUAUCAGGAGUCAACAAUUGGAGGUAUCUUUGUAGUUGCUGCGUCUGUUACCUACUGGUCGUUUGUAAUCGUUAAGAAAGUUGCAAUCUGUCAUUAA